GCGAUGGCACAGUUUGCAUUGAACUCAUUCUGCAAAAUGAAAUUCACUUUACUGUUCAUUCUCUGCUUUUGCCUAUUCAAUUUGGCCUAUGGCAAUGCUGUGAUCGGUACUAAGCCGCCGUUUGUGCGGAGCCGUUAUAGCCUCCGUUGGCGUAAGACAACAACAACCAUGUCACCUAGUACAACUGGUCGUGUCGUGGAGCCGGCCACGUCAACUCAGCAUCCAGCAGCCAUGCAUGGCACCUCAACAGCCAGUCCAGAUUACGACUAUUAUGGCACCGGGGAAGCUGCCGACAACUUGGUGCAUAAAUAAAUACCAAUGUUGUAGCUGUCACUGUGACAAGCAAAAUCUACAUAUACUCACUUAUGUAACAUUCACAUAGUGACAAUAAAAUUUAAAUAAAUACAUGUGCAUUUUUAAUUUUCCAAAUUGAAAACCGUUCAGCUUUCAUUUGACCGUUACUGCAGUUUUUAAAAGAAUAACAGAAGCAAUCAACAGACAUCUGCUAGCUAACAUAACA